UCUUCAUCAUGGCAGUGAACAUCCCAGGAGUGAUAUUGAUGGUGCUCUUCUACCUGUUGGUCCUUGGGACCGGCAUCUGGGCUUCUUUCAAGUCCAAGAGGGAACAGAAGAAAAGUGGAGCCAAUGAGAUGGAGAUGACGUUACUGGGAAACCGGAGCAUCAACUGGGUGGUGGGGAUCUUCACCAUGACAGCUACAUGGGUUGGAGGAGGCUUCAUUGUGGGCACAGCUGAGAUGGUGUACACUCCAUCAAUGGGACUAACCUGGGCAGCCACAAUGUUAACUGCAUACAGCUUAUCUUUUAUUCUAUGUGGCCUGGUGUUUGCUAAACCACUAAGAGAAAUGAAGUGUGUCACAAUGAUGGACCCUUUCCACAUCAAGUAUGGACAAGUUCUGACAGCUGGACUGAGCCUGGCCUCAAUUUCUCUUGAUGUGAUAUGUGUGACUGUAAUAUUGAUUUGUUUAGGCGGCACCAUGAAUGUAGUCCUAGAUUUGCCCUACACUCUGUGUAUCUGGGUCUCUGCUGCAGUUGUCAUCAUCUACACUCUGCUGGGAGGUUUCUACUCUGUGGCCUACACUGAUAUUAUUCAGCUUGUUCUUAUAUUCAUAAGCUUGUGGCUGUGUGUUCCCUUUGUCUUGAUGAACCCUAACUGCUUGGACAUCAGCAAGACACUGAUGAACAACACCUUACACGCUCCCUGGAUUGGUGCACCAGGACUGGAGAAGACCGGGAUCAUGAUGGAUGAAUUCUUGAUGUUUGCACUGGGAAGUCUAGGAUUUCAGUUUUUACACCAGAGGACGUUGGCAGCUUCUUCAUUAGCCACAGCCAAGCUCUCGUGCUUAGUCGCUGCUUUCCUCAUACUUGUGUUUGGAACACCUCCAAUACUGCUUGGGGCAGCUGCUGCAUCUACAGAUUGGAACCUGACGUCUUAUGGUUCUCCAUUUCCAUAUGAACGUGGGGAAGCAGCUCAAGUCCUGCCCAUCACAUUGCAGCACCUCACCCCGUCCUUCAUCUCCAUAAUCGGAACAGGAUGUGUUGCUGCUGCUGUGAUGUCAUCUGCUGAUUCUGCUUUGAUUUCUGCUGCUUCUGUCUUCACCUCCAACAUAUACAAGAACAUCCUGAGGCCACAGGCAUCAAACAGAGAGAUUCAGUGGGUGAUCCGAAUUACUGUGAUGGUCGCGGGUUUGGUUGGCACAUCACUAACCAGCCAAGAAAACAGUGUCUUACUCUUCUUGAUUCUGAGUGCUGAAGUGGCCUACAUCCUAAUCUUCCCUCAACUGGUCUGCGUCCUCUUCGUCAAUAUCUCCAAUGGUUACGGAGCUGUUAUGGGCUGUGUGGUGGGCUUGGUGCUCAGAGUUCUCAGUGGACUCCCAUCACUCGGGCUGCCAGUUGUCCUCCACUUCCCAGGAUGUGUUCUUGAGGAUGGAGUUUAUGUCCAGCACGCUCCAAUUAAGACCAUCUCCAUGCUGUCUGCCAUUGCUGCCAUCGUGUUGUUCUCCUAUCUGAUGUCUCUGCUCUUCAACAAAGGCCUGUUACCUGAGAAGUGUGACGUGUUCAAGGUGAAAGUCCAGCAAUCAGCACGAGAGCUGACACUGGUACAUGGGGCCAAAGAAGACAAUGAGAAAGAGAGACUUGAUAACUCAUAUCCACAGACUGUGGCCUCAGAGCCAAUGAUUAGCUCAGAGUGUUAGAGUCCCUGAAUAUCUGUUGUUUGAAUCCUAACACAGACUUCUGCAUCCAAACACAGGGGCAUUAAGACAAGUGGACAUAGAUGGCACCAGUUCACGCAGCACAUUUGUCUACAGUUCAACAAGAUUGACUUUCUUGCAUUAAAAUAAGUUAUUAUUGAAACUUUGGUCUUUUAUUUGGUUCUUUGUUUAAACUGGGACACAGCGAGAUCUACUGGACUACAAAGAUUGUGAUCUCACCAUGUUGUGCGUCUCUUAUGAUGUUAAGUGUU